AUGGAUCCCAUAACAGCCCUCGGCUUACUAUCCUCAGUGUCACAGCUCAUCCAGACCAGUAAUUCUCUCUUGGAGUUAAUGAAGAGUUUCAAAGAUGCCGAGAAAGAAAUCCUUGAACUUUUCAAUGAUGUCUCGAUUUUCGACGAAGCUCUCAAGGGCUUCGAUCGCGUGUUGCGAAGCCGCCAAACGAGACACAACAUAUCUGCAAAAGUCAUACAUAGCGCGCUUCAAGACGCUCUCGCAACAAUCCAAGAUCUGAAGACGAGAUUGGUACAAAUGUCGAAGUCCGAAGUCUCACCUAUGCGUCGAAUGAAAUGGGUGCAACACAAAUCGGGCCUCAAAAAGCUUCACGACCGCAUCAAAGAGCAGAGUGCAAUGCUGCAAAGUUUUUUGGCAUUAGCGCAUGCAGAAACAUUCCUUGCGGUCUGCAGCCAACAUCCAGAGUUCCUCCAGAUCGGCUCAACAGACGAUGGAGAAAGCGACUCCGCAUCUCUCCAGGAUUCCAUAAUAUCUGAACCUUCAACGCUUGCAUCUGGCAGCUCGACAUCCUCGCUUCGGAGAAUAUCUAUCGAUACUACUGCGUCAUCUGUUGGAAGUUCGACCUCGUCACUACAGAGGCUUUCAAUUGAUACCUCACCGACAUCUCCAUUGGUCCAGAGUUUUGUGGACAGCGUCCACGUCCACCACGAGGCGAACCAGACGACAAAUGUCGACGGUCAUUCAACAGACGCAUUGGCAAUUCGUCGAGCGUGCCGAUAUGACUGUUUUUGCAAAUGCCACGCACGGAGUACGCCUAUUCCAAUUAGAGGUUUGUCGAAGGUCAAACCGCCGCAGUAUCAGUGCAGCGAGCCCAGCUGUCAAGGUGCAAAGUCAUUUGGGGAAAAGGUUGUGGUCCCUUCUACAUUCUUCCGCAAAGCCAUUUCACAGGUGAUGUCAUCCAAAAGUAUCAAGGUUCGCUAUGACCUGAACACUUAUCGAAUGGUAUCAGAGGGGUCGGACGCAAUGCGAUAUGUAAAGCAUGGCAAUCUGGAGAAGCUGAAAGCCUGCAUCAAAUCUGGAGAGGCUACUCUAUGGGACACGGCGCCAGAUGGAUGGUCUCUUCUCCACGACUUGGUGCUGAUACUGAAGCUGCUGACAUUGGGACACGGUUCGUUGCAGUCGAUGAAAGUUUCCAAGCUCACGAAGCUAAUACUUGCGAAUAGCAAACCUGCUGACCUAGCUAUCUUGAAAUCGCUGGGCGCGGACUCGACACGUGUUGAACAAGACAUUGUGGAAGUUUUUUCUCAAAAAGAUGACUAUAUCAGUGAUUUUGAAUUCACGCCAAUUCACAUUGCUGUUCUCGACAUUUAUAAGCCUACAGACGUGGAGCGCCCAACGCUUGAACAGCUCAUAGAACUCGUCGACGAUGCUAACAACGCUCCUGCAGGAACGGACUGGGCUAAGUGGAAAAUAAGAUACCGAAAGAGGUCCCCACUGUUCGGUGAAAUCAUUGAGCUCUUUCGAGCUUUGGCAUCCGAGAAACCAAAGACUCCCAAAAUCAUUCACAACCUCCUCGAUCAGAAAGACAGAAAGUACUGCUGGACGCCCUUACACUGGGCCAGUUCGGCUGGACGAACAGACAAAAUGAAGAUCCUCAUGGACCACGGCGCAGACCCUUUUAUAUUAUCAAAUUUGGAUGCCAACAUCAUACACGCUGCAGCAGAGUCUAAGGCACUGAGUGGCUUGGUUAGCGCUCUUGAAAUCUGGAAACAAUAUCCGCAGCGGCUCAAUAUCAAUCAGGCCAACCGCUGGGCAGAAACACCGUUGCAUGUGGCUGCCUGGGGGUCUGUGGAAUGUGUUCGGCUUCUUUUGGAAGCAGGAGCGGACCGUAAUGUUCGACAAGAGGACCAGCAGGUUCCGCUUCAUUGUGCGGGUUUAUCGACGCGAGGUGAUAUCAGACGAGAUAUUGUUGCUCUACUUUGUGGCGGAGAGAGUGGACCGCAUAUCAAUGCGCAAGACGUGGACGGCCGGCCACCAAUGUUCGAUUUCUUAGAUGAUCCCAAGUGCAUGGAAAUGUUGAUCAAUGCCGGUGCGAGACUCGAUGUGUUAGAUACCUCCGGAAAGAGCACAUUCCAUCACGCGUGCAUACAGGACGAAACCGAAUCACUGAAAUUGCUUCUCAGUCUAUCUCCUCCUGACUCCGUAAUGGUCACAGUGAAAGACCACGACGGCAACAGUGCGCUCAUCCACGCUCUUCGCCACGGCAGCGCAGAGAGUGCGAUGAUUCUGCUAAAACUCGAUAACGUGGGAGACAUCGUCGGUCAAGACGGAUGGGCGGCAGUCCACCACGCUGCGAAAUUGGGCAAUCCCGACGUGUUGGAGGCGGUUUUGAAGCAUUCGAGUUUCGUGAAAGGCAUGAAGACUAUUGACGGGAAGACUGUCGAGGUUGUCGCUAUGGAGUCGGGGAAUUGGUGUGGGAGAGUGAAAGAACUGCUGAGGAAGUACAACUCGGUGACAUGA